UCUGUUAACACAUACUCUUCUUUAAUCAUAUUCAACGUUCACAAUGAUGUCAGCUUUUACUCUUAUAUAAGUCCACGAUCCAGACGAUCAAAAGAAAAGAAGAAAGCCGACGAGAAAAGACCAAGGACAGCAUUCACUUCCGAUCAAUUGGCCAGGUUAAAAGAAGAAUUUCAAGAAAAUCGUUACCUAACAGAAAAACGAAGGCAAUAUCUCGCGAGGGAAUUAAAACUAAACGAAUCACAAAUAAAAAUAUGGUUCCAGAAUAAAAGAGCCAAGAUUAAAAAAGCCAGCGGUCAGAGGAACCCUUUAGCUUUACAAUUAAUGGCUCAAGGACUGUAUAAUCACAGUACGAAACUGCUAAUGGAAGAAAAUGGAAGAAAGAAUACCUCAUCGACGGCAUUAUAGAUUUACAUGUGAUAUCAAACUAUUUAUUAAGCGAAAAAAAUAAAAUAAAAUAAACUGAACAUUCCUCGAUUCCAUAAUAAUGUAGUUACCAGAAAAAUCAACGGCCACGUCGUAGACUAAUAAAAUUACUUAUUUGAACCGGUAGAAGCUAAUUGUACGAAAGAUGUCUUAUCAAUGGUUGUCUCUUGUGUAUCGUUGUUUUGUAAUUAAUCGGAGAAGCUUAGAAAUAACGCAGCUUAUCUGAUAUUUACUG